GCCUUCUUUCCUAUACCGAUGGCGCAGCCCCCGAACCCCACCACUUCGUCGCACUCCGCUCGCUACCUCCAUCUAGUCGAGGUUCUCCAGUGCGAAGGAAUGUUCGAGCCCCGGUUCGACGUAGAGCACGCCACUGCCUGGCUUGCCUGGGCUCAUGGUGCUCGCUGGCUCGUGCGGAUGCUCUUCAAGUCCUACGCUCUAGCGACCGCUCACGGCGACGCCCGCAUCCCCCUUCCGUCCGGUAUCCCCGAGGUCUGCGAGCUUAUCGAGCACCUGGACCGCAUGUUCCUCAACCUCCGCUCCGAGCAGAACGAGGUGCCGCUCCUAUACGCGACCAUCCCUUGGUCCCCGAACCAGCUUCAGAGGGAGCAAGCCGCCGCGGAAGAAGCCCGACCCCCUCCUCCUCCGUCGUAUAAUGAUCCUCCCCUCCGCCUCUCCUCCCUCCGUGGUUCGACCGACAACUGGGACCGCGUCCUUGCCGCGACGGACCGUUCCUUGGAUGUCCUCCGCCUUGAACUCGGCCACCUCCACCGCGGCGUGGCUGAGGCCCGGAUCGACCAGCUGUCCGUGAUGCGCGAAGUAGUCUCCAUCUCGGGCCGUCUAGAGGACAUAUCAUCUUCCUCCGUCCGUCCUGUUGCCGCGGCCCGAUCCUUGUCUCCCCAGCUAACGUCCCCGGCCUUCUCUGACUCUCCAUCUUCCGGCGGUUCCGGCAUCAGCCCAUGGGCACCGCCCACAGCGUCUAUACUGCGUGGCAACAACCAGGCAGUCUCUGCGCCGUUUCUGGGCUUGGUCAUCAACCUCAACAUCUCAACUGCGGCUCACAGGGAUAGCAAGGAUGACAGCAUGUGCUUAGUCCUCGCGAUCGGUGAUUUUGAAGGCGGAGAACUAGUCCUCUAUGAACCUGGUUUGACCAUUCCUUUGCGUAACAGCGACUUUGUCGUAUUCCCUUCUUGUGAUCUGACUCACUUCAACCUACACUUCAAGGGUCGUAGAGCCUCUAUUGUACUCCAUACUGACCGGGAAAUGGCCAAAUGGCACAAUGGGCGCAACGGAUGCCGCGAGGCCCCUGGCACCAGUAACAGCACUCGCGCGAACACAGGCGCCACGCAGAUGAACCGUGCAAAUGCUGCGGAGGACAGGGGAGCUCCCUCCGGCAGUGAUGUUCCCGAUGAGGACCUCUCUGACGCUGCCUUACACAAGAGAAUCGCUGAGCUGACCAAGAUGGCCGAGUUGAAGCGCAAGAGGAAGGCAACGACAAAAGCCUCGCUGGCCAAAGAACAGCGCGUGGAAAAGAUCCGUAAGAGGAAGUUAGAGGCCAUGGACACUGAGCAGCGUGACACCAGUGAAGAGCCCCCCAAGCCCAAGAAGAAGAAGAAGGCUAAAAAAGCUGAAGACGACGACGUGCUUGAAGGUACGAAGAACAACAAUGAAGGCCGAUCUGACGAGGGGAGUGGCCGUGAUGACGUCCAGGAGCCGAUGGACGUGGAGGCGGUUGAAGAGGAGGAUGACACGACUGUCCUAUCUACAUCAGGAAAAACCGUGCCUACAUAA